UGCCACGCGUUGAGCACAACACACGCGAUGGUUCGUUGACUGAUUCCUUGACACAAACACGACGAAUCAAUCGAUCCCUUGGCCCGAAAUGAAGAAGUCUCAUUCCUCACCUCAUCACUCAUCCCUCAGGCACAGACCAUUGACGAAUCACACACAGACACCGAGAUGGCGGUCACUUCUUCGCGAUCGUGACGUCUCCCACGCCGAUCCCGGUUAAAUUUCUCAGGCAUUUAUCUGUUCUGUGUACGUGUUCGGUCGGCCAAGGUUGUUUUGAUAUCGUACGUGUACAUAUGAAUGAAUGCCUUAUGGGUCUCUCCAUGCGUUCUCCAUGCGUUCUCCAUGCGAUGACAUGUAUAUGCCGUGGCUCAUUGGUCUAUCCAUGCAAACAACCAUGUAUCACCAGGACGGUCCUUCUGUGUCGGGCGGGCUGAAAGUAGACGUAGACACAAUGUCAACUGUCACGUAUGGCGUGGGGCUUGGCGACUCGACGUCAGCUGCAAUGGGCACGACAGUCGUUGUGGUGCCCUCGACCGCCCUCUCGGCCUCAUUUAAUGCCUUCUCUGCUGCACACACAGCACACAGACAGACGUGUGUAUGUGUAUGUAUGUACCAUAUACACAUACGGAAUAUGUGUCUCUUGUUUUUGCCUUCUUCCUUCAUAUCUUCUCUCUGUUCUUCCAUCUUGUCUGGAGCCGACUCAUUGGCUGCAAUGCAGACGACAGAUACCAACAAUGUGAGCGGCAGGCAUACGGACCCCCUCCCCUGCCUCUGGCUGCCUAUCUCUGUCCAGCUCUUCCGUCUGCUGUUCCACCAGCUGCGACGGUAUGGUCACGGGAGGCACGUCCUCAGGCGGCGGUGUAGUGGGCGCAGCGGUGGUGGUCGUGGUCACGAGCUGCCCCUCAUCCUCCCCGUUGUCGACCGCCCGGCUCGGCAUCUCGCUCACGGAGGGAGGGCCCGACUCCACGCCGACACGUGCAUGUGCACGUGUGCGCAUAGGGGUAUUCAUUAUAUACACACUCUCCAAGUCCAAACGUGCAUGCGCACGUGUGCGCACAUAGACAUUCAUCACAUAUACACUCCACGUCGACACGUGCAUGCGCACGUGUGCGCACAGAGACAUUCACCAUAUAGACACACUCUACGUCGACACGUGCAUGCGCAGGUGUGUGCACCGAGACCUUCAUCAUAUACACACUCCACGUCGACACGUGCAUGCGCACGUGUGCGCACAUAGACAUUCAUCACAUACACACAUUCCAAGUCGACACGUGCACGCGCAGGUGUUUGCACCAAGACAUUCAUCAUAUACACACUCCACGCCGACACGUGCAUGUGCACGUGUGCGCAUUGGGGUAAUCAUUCCAAAGCACUGAUACAUUCAGUGCGCAUAGGGGUAUUCAUUAUAUACACACACUCCAAGUCGACACGUGCAUGCGCAGGUGUGCGCACUGAAACAUUCAUCAUAUACACACACUGCAGGUCCAAACGUGCAUGCGCAGGUGUGCGCACUGAAACAUUCAUUAUAUACACACACUCCAAGUCGACACGUGCAUGCGCAGGGGUGCGCACAGAGACAUUCAUCAUAUACACACACUCCAUGUCGACACGUGCAUACCCAGGUGUGCGCACUGAAACAUUCAUCAUAUACACACACCCCAAGUCAACACGUGCGUGCGCACGUGUGCGCACAGAGAGGUUCAUCAUAUACAUACACUCCAAGUCCAAACGUGCAUGCGCAGGGGUGCGCACAGAGACAUUCAUCAUAUACACACACUCCGAGUCGACACGUGCAUGUGCACGUGUGCGCACUGAUACAUUCAGUGCGCAUAGGGGUAUUCAUUAUAUACACACACUCCAAGGCGACACGUGCAUGCGCAGGUGUGCGCACUGAAACAUUCAUCAUAUACACACACUGCAGGUCCAAACGUGCAUGCGCAGGUGUGCGCACUGAAACAUUCAUUAUAUACACACACUCCAAGUCGACACGUGCAUGCGCAGGGGUGCACACAGAGACAUUCAUUAUAUACACACACUCCAAGUCGACACAUGCAUACGCAGGUGUGCGCACCGAGACAUUCAUCAUAUACACACACUCCAAGUCCAAACGUGCAUGCGCAGGUGUGCGCACAAAGACAUUCAUCACAUACACACACUCCAUGUCGACACGUGCAUGCGCAGGUGUGCGCACCGAGACAUUCAUCAUAUACACACACUCCAAGUCCAAACGUGCAUGCGCAGGUGUGUGCACCGAGACCUUCAUCACAUACACACACCCGACCUUCAUCACAUACACACACCCCAAGUCGACACGUGCGUGCGCACGUGUGCGCACAGAGACAUUCACCAUAUACACACACUCCAAGUCGACACGUGCAUGCGCAGGUGUGCGCAUAGGGGUAUUCAUUAUAUACAUACACUCCAUGUCGACACGUGUAUACCCAGGUGUGCGCACUGAAACAUUCAUCAUAUACACACACUGCAGGUCCAAACGUGCAUGCGCAGUUGUGCGCACACAAACAUUCAUAAUAUAGUAAUGCCUCACUACAAAAUCUCAUCCCUUAUCCAUCAACCUAUUUAUCUAUUGAUCCAUCAUCAGUUGAUGUUUCUCUUGACAUCAUCUUUCAGUAUACCAGCCACAUCAAGCACCACAUCUGUUCAUUUCGUCUGAACCAUCCGUUCAUCGACAUAAAGCUGUCGGUCAACAGCAUCCAGUAGAAACGCUCACACACUUGCUGGACCACUCGCACCACAAACCACAAACUAAACACGCCGUUGACGUCAUCGUGACCAUGGUGUCUGCUUGUCGGCUGUGUCUCGCCGACACGGUCAGCAUUUUUCGAGUCAAAGCGUGCCUCUGUCGUAUGUGGAUCGUACAUGAGCCAGCGGCCCUCCUGAGAGAGACACCAUCAACCAUAUCCCACAGCUGCACGGCAUGGUCCCACCCGCCGCUCACUAUUAUGGGCUCGGUGGGGUGGAGACGGAUGGAAAACACCCCAUUGGAAUGGCCGGGGUACAUACUAGACCCGGUGCCUGUGCGUGCGGGGGCAAGCAGCAAGCACUGCUACAUACGUGCAUGCAUAUCACGUGUGUUGCCAUUGAAUUUCGC